CAAGCGUUUAUGAUGCAAGCGGGGAGAUCGCUCCGCCCUUAGGCAGCGUUCAGGCAGCUCCAGGCAAGCAGGGCUGCGCUAGCAGCGGGGCGGGCAGGCAGCAACAGACCCACUUCGAGUAGAGGAAGUCUCGUGAGUCCGUGUCAUUCAGCGACCCAUCGAACGCGUCCGCCUGGCCUCCUCGCGUCCCCUCCCACAUCCCACAUCCCAACUCCAGGUGUCACGUCAUCAGUGCCGCCUUUGCCUCCAUGUCCAGGAUCGACCAGCUCAACAUCCGCGGCAUCCGCUCCUUUGGGGUCGGCAGCGCCGAGAAUGUCAAAUUUCACACCCCGCUCACCCUCAUCGUCGGCGAGAACGGCUGCGGAAAGACGACCAUAAUCGAAUGUCUCAAAUAUGCCACCACAGGCGAGCAGCCGCCCAACAGCAAGGGCGGCGCCUUCAUCCACGACCCCAAGAUCGACGGCGAGUCCCAGACCAAGGCCCAGGUCAAGCUCCAGUUCUUCUCUACCAUCGGCGAAAAGCUGGUCGUCACCCGGAGCAUGUCCCUCACCUGGGCCAAGAAGAAGGCCACUGCAAAAACCCUCGACGGCACUCUGAAGAUCUACAAUGGGCCCGACACCGUGUCACUCUCCAAGAAGAAUGCCGACCUCGACAGGAUGAUCCCCGACAAGAUGGGCGUGCCCUCCGCCAUCCUUGAGUCUGUCAUCUUCUGCCACCAAGAAGACUCGCUCUGGCCCCUGAGUGAACCGUCCGUGCUCAAGAAGAAGUUUGACGAGCUCUUUGAGGCCGUCAAGUACACCAAGGCCAUUGACGCCCUCAAGGUCCUUCGCAAGAAGCACGGCGACGACCUUCGCGUGUACCGGACCAAUGAGGCCGAUGCGAAGCGCUAUAAGGAGAAGGGAGAGAGUCUGGAGAAGGAAAUCCGCAAGCUGAGGGCUGAGCUCGAGGAUCUCAACGCCCAGUACGACACUGCGAUCAAGGAUAUGAACGCAGUCGGAAGGCAGGAGAAGGCGAAGCGGGAGGAGGCCAUGAGCUUCUUGAGUGUUGUGACUGACCUUAGAAAUAAGGUCGACCUGUACGAGACGCGAAAGCAGAUUGCCGAGGAACUGAAGGAGUCCAUUGAUCGCAUGUCGGAGCCCGAUGAGGAGCUUGAGGCCAUGCUGUCCGAGUACAAAGACAAGGUCAAGCAGAUGGAGCAGGAACGCGAGGAUUUGACUGCACAGUACAACAAUCUCCAUCAGGAGAUCGUUUCGUCGCGAAAGUCCCUGGCAGAGAAGCACACCGAGCGAGGAAAGCACGCAUCAGAUCAGGAGCACCACGAACGACAACUGACAGCCAGACUCAGCAUGAUCCAUGAGGCGGCCCAGCAGCACGAGAUUCGUGGCUAUGAUGGGGAUCUGACAGACACCAAAGUCCAUGGCUUCGAGGCGCGCAUCGAGAGUAUCCUGACCAACAAGAAGCGAGAGCUCGCAGAGCUGAAUCAGACACAGGAGAGGCUAAAGAACCAACAUGAUAGUCAAAUCUCGAAGCUCGGGGCUCGGAGGGAGUACCUGGUCACAAACCGAGCCGGCACCCUAAAGCGCAUCAAGGAGCUUGGUGAGCGGUCGGCAAGACUCCAGCGCGACGCGAACGACCUAGACGUUGACGAGGGCGCUCGGGCGGUCCUUGAGGCGCAAGCGACACAGCUAGAGGAAAAGCUCCGGGGCGAGCAGGAGGGCUUGAAAGAGGCCGACCUGGAUAGCCAGAUCAAUAAAGAGACUGAUCAACUCAACCAGCUGGAGAGCCAGGUUGCGAGGCUCAACAGCGAGCUUGUGCAGUGCAGCCACCUGGCCUCGGAGCGUGCCCAGCUGGACCUCAGGAAGAAGGAAGCCAAGGACCAAGGCCUUUACCUCCACUCGGUCACGGAAACCUGGGCGGAGAAGCUCUCUGCCCUCACCGGGGCCCCGCUGGACCCCAGCACGAUCGGCGCUAGCUAUCAGGAGGUCCUUGAUCAGCGCCACUCGGAUGUUGCUGCCAAGAGGAAGCUUGUCGACAGCACACAUCAGGAGCAAAAGCAGUUCGACAUGAAGCUCUCGGUGGCUCGCGACGAAGAGCGCGCAUUAACCAAGGAAUUGGAGCGCUGUGAGGCGGUCGCGCGAAAGGCCCUGUCCCAAGUCAAGAGGGAAGACGAGCCAGAGCCACAGAUCGAGAGCUUCCUCGCCACCCUUACUGCCACCGAAGAGGAUCUGAGCACUACCGAAACGGAUAUUGCCCUUUUUGAUGCCCUCCUCAAGCAUUACGGCGCCGCCGACAAGAAGUUGAAUGAAGACAACAAGUGCUCACUCUGUGAACGCACAUUCGGCGAACGGGACGGACUCGCCAAGUCGAAGCUGAUGAGGAAGAUCGCCAAGCAUCUGGAUCCUGCCGAGAAGAACAUACUGAAGGAAGAGAAGGUGGUCUUAUCCAGGAAUGUGGUGAUUCUUAAAAAUGCGCGCAAGUCCUAUGAAGCAUACCAAAGGGCCCAAGAGAGUCUACCUGGCGCUCAGGACAAAAUCAAGGACUUGGAGUCCAGCAAGGACGCCGUCGUCAAGGACCUAGAAGCCCAUGACGCUGCGCUGCGAGACGCCGAAGAGAAAUUGCGGGAAGUCGAGUCCAUGGCCAAGGCGGUUAGGAGUAUCACGGACGCCCAAGCGCGUAUUCGUGAGACAGAGAAGGAGAUCGAGCGGCUCUCGUCGCAGCAGAGCUCCAUUAGCGCGGUGCGAAGCGCACAGGAGAUCCAGGACGAUCUUGUCGACUGCUCUGAGCGGACGCGUGCUCUGAGCAACAAGAUAUCAAAACUGAGCGCCGAUCGGCAGAGGCGCAAGGACAUGGUGUCGCAACUGGAGCUCGACAAGAGCGGACUUCAGCGCAAGAUGUCAGAGUUCGAACAGAAGCUCGUCCGUAAACGCGACCUUGUGGCACAGAUGGAGACGCUCAAGAAGGACCGGGCCGAGCUGGCGGAGAAGAAGGAAGAGGACGGGAUCGAGCUUGAGCAGCUGGAGCCCAAGAUAGCCAAGGCCAAGGCACUACGCGAGCAGGAGGUGUCCGAAGGCUUCAUCAAAAUCCAGGCGGCCGACUCUCAGAGAUCGUCGAUUACUAGUACGGUUGAAAAGCUCAAAUCGAUCAGCGCCGAAAUCGAGAACUAUGUGGAGCGCGGGGGACCGGGCCUCCUAGCAGCAAGCGAGCUUUCGAUCAGGAACCUGGAGCAGGUCAUUGAGCGGACAGAGAAGGAGCUGAACAAACUGACGGCCAAGAUCAACAAGUUGCGCCAGGAGUUGGCGGAUAGCGGGCGCAAAGAGAAGAACAUCAAGGACAACCUCAAUUUCAACAAGACGCAGCGGGUGCUGGAGACACUGCAGCGCGAGAUUGGGCAGCUAGAGCGGCGCAACGCAGAAGAGGACUGGAACCGGAUCGACGCCGAGGCCAACGCGUUCAAGCACAAGCGCGACAUGUUGUCGGGGAAAUCGCACAGCCUCAUGGGCACUAUCAGCACCAAGGAGGAGGUGCUGCUGAGCAAUGAAGAGAUGUACGAGCAGGACUACAAGGACGCGCGAACAAAGUACCGCGAGGCGCACAUCAAGGUGGAGACGACCAAGGCGGCCAUCGAGGAUAUGGCCAGCUACGUGGCAGCACUGGAGCAGGCCAUCCUGUCGUUCCACAGCCUCAAGAUGGAGGAGGUGAACCGCAUCGCGGGCGAGCUGUGGCGGGCGACGUACCAGGGCACCGAUAUCGACACCAUCUCCAUCAAGUCCGAGGCCGAGGGCUCGAGCACCACGACGAGCACCUUGAGGCGCAGCUACAACUACCGGCUGUGCAUGGUCAAGGGCGACCUAGAAAUGGACAUGCGCGGGCGCUGCUCGGCGGGCCAGAAGGUGCUGGCCAGCAUCAUCAUCCGGCUCGCCCUGGCCGAGUCGUUCGGCGUCAGCUGCGGGCUCGUCGCCCUCGACGAGCCGACGACCAACCUGGACGAGGCCAACAUCCGCAGCCUCGCCGUGUCCCUGCACAGCAUCAUCCAGGCCCGCCAGGCCCAGGCCAACUUCCAGCUCAUCAUCAUCACGCACGACGAGGCCUUCCUGCGCGCCAUGCAGGUGUCGGACUUUUGCGACACCUUUUACCGCGUGCGCCGCGACGAGAUGCAGCGCAGCAGGAUAGUGACGGAGAACGUCUCCAUGCUGAUGACCUAGACAGAUGUCAGGAGAAGGGGAGAGGAGAGGCCGUGCUCGGGUUGGGGAAGAGAUGAUGGAUAUCACGAGGCGUGGAGUUUCCGGGAGCCUGGUGUUGGUUGUUUUGUGAUAUUUGGGAUUAUUGCCCUGUACCCGUUUGCUAUUUCUCGCCUCACAUACUCGGUGCUUAUAUAGUUGGGAAACUGGUAGGGUGCCUGUGCGUGUACCCACCAAUGUAAUGAGCCAAGCGCCUAAGAAAUUGAUAUACGCAAUGGCUGUGGCAGGCAUACUGGGAUAGGUGGAAUCGUAUCUACAGGACAUCUUGUGCUCUCUAGGGACAGGCCGCGAUGGAACAAACAAGAAAGCAGAUAAGUCGAUGCUCAAACUGAUGUGAGCAAACCGAUCCUAUACGCUAAAUAACACAAUUCCGUCGCGCAUUCUCGCUCUCUCGUUAUUAUGUCGACCAUGUAUGUAGC